CAAAGUCCACCCCCUUCUACGAAAGUUAAAAGGAAAACCAAGUUUGCUGCUCGUCCUUGUCCCUACUCAAUAAAUACUAUUGUUACUCUUCCACCAGGAAAAAAGAACUCCUUUCCUUCCCAGUCUUAGGACCCAGCAAGGCUCGUGGCCUCCUAACUUGAUUUCUACCCUGGGGGAAUCAAAGUAGAAGGGGGCAUCGCUCUCGGUUCCUUUUUCAAACUCGCACGCCUCAUCCUUUCUGGGACGCCAUGUCUAUCAACAGUUGUAGUUUCAAGGACCGGUGCGUGUCCAUCCUGUGUUGCAAAUUCUGUAAACAAGUGCUCAGCUCUAGGGGAAUGAAGGCUGUUUUGCUGGCGGAUACUGAAAUAGACCUUUUCUCUACAGACAUCCCUCCUACCAAUGCAGUGGACUUCAUUGGAAGAUGCUAUUUCACCAAAAUCUGCAAAUGUAAACUGAAGGACAUCGCAUGUUUAAAAUGUGGCAACAUCGUAGGUUAUCAUGUGAUUGUUCCCUGUAAUUCCUGCCUUCUUUCCUGCAACAACAGACACUUCUGGAUGUUUCACAGCCAGGCGGUUUAUGGUAUUAACAGACUAGACUCCACUGGUGUAAACGUCCUACUUUGGGGCAACUUGCCAGAAAUAGAAGAGAGUACAGAUGAAGAUAUGUUAGAUAUCUCAGCAGAGGAGUGUAUUAGAUGAAUGGAAUUAUGAUGUAAUAUUCAAAUGUUUCUAUUUAAAAAUAUGUUAAUGGAUCAACUUUAAAAUUGUUAAUAAUGGUUUGCCAGUGAUUUCUCUUUUUUUGGAAAACCAAACUGGGUCCUUUGUUGAUUUAUUUAUUUGCUGUCUCCAAUUAAUUACCUCGGUUUAAUUUAAAACAAUGGAAUUAUUCUUUUCUUCCACUUCUCCCUGUCCCCUACCCUUUU